GGAUGCCGCAUAUAAAACCAGGGAAAAUGAAUGACAGAGAGGAUGCUAGUGUAGAGAGAGAGAGAGAGAGAGAGAGAGAGAGAGAGAAGAAUACAUGAAGAACAGUGAGUGAAUAACUGUUAUCGAAUAAUUCUCUUCGCAAUAUAAAUCGGUGAGUUCUCUCCCCAUUUUAUUAUCCCAAUUCGAUCUGAAUGCGCUUUGAUUGCUCCUUUGUGUGUUCGUUUCCAGCUCAAUCUCAGAAGAGACACGGGCUUUUGCAUUGAUUGCUCUUUGACGUAUUACACCCACUCCUCCGACUAAAUUUUGCCAUGUGGGAAGGUCCGUCAUUUCUUGUCUCCCGACAAUUGCCCAGUUCCUGCAAGCAUGAGAGCAUGUUGAUUUACAACAGAUUCUGCGUGAUCAAACUUUCAAACGGUAAGCGCCGUUUGGAAGUUGAAGGGAACUUGCUUAGCAAGUCAACCAAGCUGUCUGACGUCAUUGUUGUGAAGGAAGAAACAGUGAUUUGUGAUCUUUUAAUAUCUCAAACGCGCCAAUCGGAUAAUGGGUGCCGCAAUGGUGACCAAUCAAAUUCAAGCUCCCUCAUCCACCAAAUUGGACGUGACAUCUCUAUAAAUUGUCUGCUCCGCUGCUCAAGAUCAGAUUACGGAUCGAUUGCCUCUUUGAAUCGAAGCUUUCGGUCUCUAAUUCAGACUGGUGAGCUAUAUAGGCUUAGGCGAAAGAUGGGAAUUAUCGAACACUGGGUUUAUUUCUCUUGUAAUCUUCUUGAAUGGGAGUCAUUCGAUCCUGUUCGCCUUCGAUGGAUGCAUCUGCCAAGGAUGACAUCAAACGAGUGCUUCAUGUGCUCGGACAAGGAAUCAUUGGCGGUUGGUACCGAGCUACUUGUAUUUGGAAAGGAGAUUAGGUCGCAUGUGAUUUACAAAUAUAGCAUAUUGACGAACUCAUGGUCAUCGGGUAGAGAGAUGAACGAACCAAGAUGCUUGUUUGGGUCUGCCAGCCUUGGGGAAAUUGCGAUUGUUGCAGGAGGUUGUGACCCAGAGGGCAAUAUCUUGAGUUCAGCAGAGAUUUAUAACUCGGAUACCGGUACAUGGUUGUCUCUUCCAAGAAUGAAUAAACCUAGGAAAAUGUGUUCUGGGGUGUUUAUGGAUGGGAAUUUCUAUGUCCUUGGGGGAAUUGGAAUAGGAAAUCCAAAUGUGCUUACAUGUGGGGAGAUGUAUGAUUUGGAGACAAGAAAAUGGUACGAGAUUCCCAAUAUGUUCCCAGCACGAAACAGCGUGACUGGGGAAAGAGAGCCACCUGCGACAUCCAGGGCACCUCCUUUGCUUGCUGUAGUGAAGAAUGAGCUGUAUGCGGCGUAUUAUGCGGAAAAUGAAGUGAGGAAGUAUGACAAGGAGAGGAAUCUGUGGUCAACAGUUGGGAGGUUGCCUGAACGGGCAGCCUCCAUGAAUGGUUGGGGGCUGGCGUUUAGGGCAUGCGGGGACCAGCUUAUUGUAAUCGGCGGACCAAGGGCUUUAGGUGGAGGUGUCAUAGAGGUUAAUGCUUGGGUGCCAGAUCAAGGGCCCCCACAGUGGAGCUUACUUGCCAGUAAGCAUUUGGGAAGUUUUGUCUAUAAUUGCGCUGUGAUGGGUUGCUGAGGUGUGUAAUUUUGGCAACAAUGUUGUGCACUAUAUGAAGUCCCCUUCUGGUAAUAUGUCUUCCAUAUGGGGGCAAAAUUCUAGAUUUUACUCAAUCUUCGUAAAUAUCUUCUCAAAGAAGAUCUUGAGGUUUCUCAGUCUUCUUAUCUUAUUUCUGUCCUUUUGGUUUUCACCUCUUUGUAGUUUCCAUGAAAGUUUUUCCAAAGGUUGGCAUCCUGAAGAACAAUCAUAGACUAAUAAGUGAAGUACCAGUACAUUUUUAAUGUUGUAUUCAAGCGCCACAACCUGUUUUGUUGGUUCGUUA